AUGUCCACGGACAAUGAGACGGCACGAGGGGGGAUGGGUUCGCCCCCAACAAGACAACUCAGGCCGAGGCCCGGGCAGAGAGAAAUAGAGAUACCCGGCUCCUCCUCGGACCUGUUAUUGGAGUUGCCAUUCACUGACCGGGUGUGCAGUGUUUGUCUCCACACUGCAAGAGGCAACUUCAUGGCAUUCAGCUUGAGAGAUGAAGUGAGGCAUGUUUCAGAGGUUCAUCCGAACCUCAGACCGGUCUAUAAGUGCACGAACUGCCAAAAGACCUACCGGUCGAAACAUGCCGCUGAAUGCCACAUGCCCAAGUGCACUGGGCCAACUCCCCCACUUGAAGGCGAUGUGUUUAAGUGUGAUUCCUGUGGGAAGGAGUUCAAGACAAAACGUGAAAUUUCACAGCAUGAAGUCCACGAGCACCCGCUCGUUCGCAACGAAGCCAGGGCUGCUGGGACCGAAAGGAACAAGGAGAUGCGAGAUCGAAGAGGGGAGAAGUUUAGGGUCUUCUCUCCGCAAGAGGUCGCGCUGAUGUUAGAUCUCGAGAUUCGGUUCCAGAACGAGCGGCACAUCGCUAAAUGUAUGGAGCAAUUCCUGCCGAACAAAACCCUAAAACAGAUUCGGGACAAGAGAACUAUGGAGAGUUACAAGAGAAGGCGCGACGAAGUGUUGUCCCGAGCUCGUCGCGAAAGGCAGGAUGCGGGGGGUGAGGAGCCGCAGUUGGAGUCUGAGGCUGCGACUGAAAUCCCGGUAAGCCCCCCGCCGGACUCUGACUCGGCGGAGCCUGCGUGGCGUCCGAAGGUCCCCGAGAUAGUGGUCAUUGAAACAGACCCCGACUCUCCAACUGACCUCUCCGUGUAUGUAUCGAAGGCAGUCUCAUCGGGGUCAGCAGCAAUUGUCCAGCUGCUGCGGGAUGCCCUCCAGUACGCACUCGAACUUCAAGGGGCGGUCCCCCAGGCUCAUCUCGAUCACAUCUAUGAGUGCGUGCUUACUUACCUGUUGGCUGGAACAGGUAAGGGCGGAAGGAAGCAAAAACAUCCCAAGAAAAGGGCGAGAGACAGGAAUGCUUACCGACGGUAUGUCUAUGCCCGAACCCAGGACCUAUAUAAGAAAAACCCAGGCCUGCUUGCCAAAUAUGUGAGGGAGGAUGUGCGUUGGUACGGUGAUACCAACCAGAUCGAGGAGAAUGACAUCCGCCAGCUGUACCAGGAGUUAUGGGGGACCGAGUCGGUGGUACAGCUACCUCACAUCGAUGGAGAUCCAGUCCCGCCCAUUGAGUUGGACGACAUCCUUAGGCCCUUUACAGCUAAGGAAAUAAGGGCUAGGAUCUCCAAAACAAAGUCAGACUCGGCUGCCGUCCCUGAUGGACUUAGGAAGGGACGGCAGUCAGUAUCUUUCAUGGAAUAG